AUGGCGCAACCUGCCAACGGGGGGCCCCUGGGUACUGCUGCUGAUGACAGGCAGGGGCCCCUCCUCCCUCUGCACGCAGCAGCUUCGCGUUUUAGCCCCCAAACUCCCGAACCCCAGGGAGCAAGGGGUCCCCCUCUUGCUGCCAACCCUUUUAGCGCAGGCUAUGAAAUUCUAGGGGUCUUAGGAGCCUUGCAAGAGGCCUCUGAGGCCCAGCCUGCUGCUGCUACUGCUGCUGCUGCGCCAGCGGCAACUGCAGAUUUUCCUGUCGGCAGCCCCAGCUGCAUCGCCCCCUGCAGCACGGGGCCCUGUGGAGGCCCCCUCUCUUCUUUUGAGCAAUGGAUGCGGCCAGUCUACGGGGAUACAGCUCAGCCCUGUGCAGCAAGGCGGUGGGACGGGGCGUCUGACGGGGCCCCCCCGGGGCCUCCUUCCCACUUAGAGGGUUCUGUAAGUACAGCCGAGGGCCCUUGCUCUCCUUCGUGUGGUGCUUCUGCUGAGAGAAGCGGGGGCCCUUUGCCUUUGUCUGAGGCGCAUUCGUGUUGGCCUUCCUCUGCUGCUGCAUCUUCUUCUCACUUACCACAGCAGAACGAUGAAAGCCCCGGCCCGGAUCUGCCUGUGGGGGCCCCUGAAGGGAGCGUGGGGACCUCCCCUCCUCUUUGUACGGAAGGGGGCCCUGGGGCCCCCCCACUUGCUCGCCAGGCUAGCUGCGCAGACAGCCUGCAGCGUUCUUGCAUAGGGCAAGAGAAGGAGCUCGUGCAUGCUUCUUCUGCAGCAUCUGUGUGCCCCGUUUCUAUGCCUGUUGGCGUUUGUUCUGGUGCUUCGGGGGCUCCCAGUGAGGGCCCCCUGCCAGUAUGCGUGGGCGGCGGGAGUGCAGCAGCAGCCGAGUUGAAGAGCCCCCAGGAGGGGCCUCGCCGCCCCUGCUUGGUGUUGCUGGAUCUUGACAACACUCUUAUCCCCACAGGGUGGAUGCUUGCUUGUUGGCGACGCAUGCAGCUAUACUUUGGGCUACAACAAGCCGUUGCAUGCAUUCGAAAGGGGCUGGAGCAGGCUGCUCUUGUGCAGGCUUUAGAGGCCCUGUUUGAUGAUUUGGGGCGGCUACGAAGACGAAGGCAUACGCAAAUAGUAAUCGUUACCAAUGCAGGUCUGAGGACAGUGCAAGAAUUCUACCUCCGUCUCUGCUUACCGGAGCUUAAAGAACUCUGUGAAAGAGAAAAGGUCUACAUACACUCCACGGAGCACUUCGCACCAAGAGUAGGGCCCAUACCCCCCAUGACGGAAGAAGAGGCUUUCUGCGAAUUCUAUACUGCCCUCAAGUACCACGAAUUCGACUUCGUUGUGCAGCGCUACCUCAACGCCCUGCUGCGGCAUUCGCCCGUUCGGCUGCAGGGGGCCCCCCAGACAGACGAAGGGGGAGGAGCCCUGGAGACUGCGGAGGGCCCCUCCGAGAGCCCCCCUGAGGGGCCCCCGGAGAAGACCCCCGAGGGCCCCCAAGACGAAGAGGGGGCCCCCUCUCCCCAACGAAGGUCUGCGCCUCCUUUCUGCAAACGAUUGCGGACUUCUCUACACCGCGAACAAGCACUUGCCGCUGAUCACUGCAGCAGCAGCAGCGUCAGCAGUAGGAGCACGGGGUCUGACGCUGAGCGCUGCAAGUGGUGCAGCACUGAGGGCCCCUCUAGUGAGUGCGAUGAUCAAGGGGGACCCUCCGAGGGGCCCCCCUCUCGCUCCCCUAGGAAAGAAGAGGCUGCAGAGGCCUCUUCGAGGUCGUCCGGGCUGCCGGAGCAGCAGCACAAGCAGCAGCAGCAGCAGCAGCAGCAAGAGCAGCAGCAAAAAGGGCUGGACUCGUCUUCGUCUUGUUGUAGUAGUCCACCCGACCCGGCAGCAGCUGCGUCUUUAUCUGCUGCAUCAGCGGAGCAACCAGAGGCAGCAUCAGCAGUAGACCCAGCAGCAAAACAACAACAACAACAAUCACCCGCAGCAGCAGCAGCAGCAGCAGCAGAAGGGGGAGGGGCAGCAGCAGCUGUCUCUGGCGGAGCACGAUCUCCACUAAGUUUGCGUAGCCAGUUGGAAGCAGCAGCAGCAAAAGAAGCAGAAGGAGAAGGAAGGUGUUUGUCCGUUUGUGGUGUAUCUGGUGGUGUCGACGAAAGCAGCAGCAGCAGCAGCAGCAGCAGCAGCAGCCCUUUGGGUUCUCCUAGCGAAAGCCCGCGCGGGUUCGAUUCCCUCCCCGCGGAUUGGCGCUGCGAUUUAAUUAGUGCUGGUGAUCAGAUAU